CAGCGAGCCCCGCGGACUUCUCCGUGCCCCCCGCCAUGGGCCCGCCGAGCCAGCUCUGGAAGCGGCCCGCCCAGCGCCGCCUCUCCCGCUGCCUCCCGUCGGGGGCCGCCAGCAGCUCCACGGCCCCGGCCGCCGCCCGGCCGCUGCCCUACGAAGCCAUCCCGCGCAGCGGCCGCAGCGCCUGGCUCAGCCUGUACCGCCUGUGGCGGAGCAACAGCUUCCAGCGCUUCCACCUCGUCAUGCAGCGCAACUUCCAGCGCCUCGGGCCCAUCUACAGGGAGACCGUCGGCACCUACAACUGUGUCAACGUGCUGCUGCCCCGAGACGCGGCCCAGCUCUUCCAGUCGGAGGGGAUCUUCCCGCGGCGCAUGGGCAUCGAGUCGUGGAUCGCCCACCGCCAGCUCCGCAACCACAAGUGCGGCAUCUUCCUGCUGAACGGGGAGGAGUGGCGCUCGGACCGCCUGAUCCUCAACAAGGAGGUGAUCAGCCCCGCGGGCACCCGGAAAUUCCUGCCCUUCCUCAACGCAGUGGCCCAGGACUUUGUCACCCUCAUGCACCGGCGCAUCAGCAAGAAUACGCGCCGCUCGCUCACCGUCGACCUCUACGGCGACCUGUUCCGCUUCACCCUGGAGGCCAGCAGCUACGCCCUGUACGGGGAGCGCCUGGGGCUCCUGGAGGAAAGCCCCAACGCCGAGUCGCAGAGGUUUAUCAGCGCCGUGGAGACCAUGCUGCGGACCACCUUGCCGCUGCUCUUCAUGCCCCCGGGCCUCAUGCGCUGGCUCAACACCAAGCUGUGGAGAGACCACAUCGAGGCCUGGGACACCAUCUUCAAGCAUGCGGAUAAGUGUAUCCAGAACAUCUACCAGGAGUUCUGCCUGGGGCAGCCCCGGAAGUAUUCGGGGAUCAUGGCGGAGCUGCUCAUGCAGGCGGAGCUGCCGCUGGACUCCAUCAAGGCCAACAUCACAGAGUUCACCGCGGGCGGCGUGGACACGACUGCCAUGCCCCUGCUCUUCACCCUCUUCGAGCUGGCCCGCAACCCCAGCGUCCAGACGGCCAUUCGCCGGGAGAUCGCCGAGGCCGAGUCGCAGGGGCCGAGGGAGCUCGCCAAGGUGCUGAACUCCAUGCCCCUGCUCAAGAGCGCCCUCAAGGAGACCCUGAGGCUCUAUCCUGUGGGCAUAACGGUCCAGCGCUACCCAACCAAAGACGUGGUGCUCCAGAACUACUGCGUGCCGGCGGGGACCCUGUGCCAGGUGGGGCUGUACGCCAUGGGCCGGAGCCCCGAGGUGUUCAGCAACCCCGAGCGCUACGACCCCCUGCGCUGGCUGAGCAAGGAGGAUAACAGCUUCAAGGCCCUGGCCUUCGGCUUCGGGGCCCGGCAGUGCAUCGGCCGCCGCUUGGCAGAGACCGAAAUGAUGCUCUUCCUCAUGCACGUCCUGCGGAACUUCCGGAUCGACACGGUGUCCAAGGCAGAUAUUCCAACCGUCUUCGGGUUCAUCCUCAUGCCGGAGAAGCCGCCUCUGCUCACGUUUCGGCCCCUCGACUGAGCCCCUCACCCCGGCUCCCCGCCUGCUCCUUCCGCACCCUGGGCAUGGGCUGUGCUAGCGAGACAGACCCCUCUCCAAGGCAGGGCAUCUAGCUGGCAGCCCCCCCCCUCGACAUGCCAGGGCAGCCUGGUACAGAGAACAGCCACCCCCACCUUGUAACACAGAAGUAGGUGCAGAGCCCAGGGGCCCACCCGUGGAUCCCAGCCGCAUGCUGGGAUUUGUAGUCUCUAUGGGCUACAGAAUGUGGGAGGAGGGUGGCCUGGGGCCACAGAUCAGCCACCUCUGUCCUAAGGGCAUCCAGUGCCCGUUUGCCCAUCUGCCGACAGGGGAAGGGGUCUCCUUCCCCGGAGAGACCCCGCGCGGGCAGGAGCCCCCACCAGCGGGUGGGACCAUAAAGCCAUGGGACGGGGCGGGAGAAGGAGGCAGGCUCUGGUGGGAGAGGAGGAGGCAGAGGUGCCAGCUCCCGAAUUUCUCUUAUUCAAAUACGUGGCCAUCCCUCACUUCACAUCAGUGGGCUGAAGCCAGCACGAUGGCCCCCGUUUCCCUGAGUCCAGCUGGAUGUGGGAGGGAGGCUGCCCUUAAUAAAGAUGGCUGCCAACU